AUGGCGGCAAGGAUACUGCCAGUGAUAAAGCUUACCACAAAGCUGGGUAUUGCUGGAGGAGCCCUGUACGUGGUGUAUGACUCCGGAUUACUGGGCAGCAGUGAGCAGGGGGCAGUGGCUCUGGGCAAAGCCAAGGCUGCGGUUCCCCCAGCUGUGGACGAGUGGAUGAAGUACUUCGGCGUGGAGGCUCAAUUCCCCACUCUCCCGAAGAUGGAGUUUGCUCCCCUUGAGGCAUGGAACUCUGGCGUUAGAUGGACAAUUUCAAGUAUGUCGGAUGCUCCAACAAAAGCAGUCGAUUACACCCACCAGAGUAUCCAAUAUGUAAAAGACCUUACAAAGUAA